CACCACCUCUCUCUCUCUCUCUCUCUCUCUCUCUCUCUCUCUCUCUCAUGGACACAAACCUAGUCCUCCAAUAGACAACCAAUUGCUGCCGCAUAAGACAGGAAACGUUUAUUCUUGUUCUUGCUUUGGUUCAAAACAGCAAACGUUUUUACAGCAGGCCCAAGUUCCACACGCAGAACGUGGAAAGAAAACUCAAAACAGAACCAGUCUCCUGGGGUCAGCUGCAAGAACAAAAUAUACGGUAACACUGACAUUUCGCAGGGAGAGUGCGCACGAGUUAAUGCCCAUCCCAACUUUUCAAAAGGUCUGUACAAACUUACUACAUGCGAUUUUCAUCAACUCGACUCGCUUUCCGACCUUGACAGUGACGGAUCAGAGUCAUCGUUGGACCCACUACUCUUCGAUCGACUGGCAGAUCCUGCGGGUUUUUCACCCACGCUGGAAGGCCCACACAACGCCUCAACACCAUCGGCAUGAUCGGUUGGCCUUCCCAUUCCUCGCGAAUGCAGGUCAUCCCCGGCAGAAACUGCACUUGAAAGCCCCCCAGCAGCCCCCUGUUGUUGCAGAAAUCCCCCCUGAUGCUGGGAAUACCCAACCAUCAUUGCUGAGGAUGCUUGUUGUUCGCUCACUGCGAAAGGGAGAGGCAUCUGCGCCAUGUCAUCGGACACACCCAUAUUGACAGAGGAACCACGAACUGCAUGGAAAAUUGUUCCUUGCUGAUUCUGCUGAGAUUGAUCUGAAGGGCUGGAUGCUGCCUGCUGUGGUGGCUGCUGUUGCUGCUGCUGGAGCUGCAGAUGCUGUUGUUGGAGUUGGUGCUGCUGCUGCUGCUGUUGCUGUUGCUGUUGCAUAAACUGAAUUGUUGACCGUUGGGCCAUAGCAGAAUGCACAUUCUGCUGUUGACGGGCCUGCUGUGCAUUUUGGGACUGAGGUUGGCCCUGCUGUUGAGUUUGCUGCUGCUGAUGCUGGUGGUGCUGGGAGGAUGGGUGGUGGAGAACAUUAGAAGGGUUGCUCUGCUGCAUUGCAGCUUGAGCAUUCUGCAGAGGUGACUGUUGCAUAACCAUCUGAUGCGGCUGUGACUGCAGUAGAGAUUUCUGUUGAGCUGCAGCCAUUUGUUGCUGCUGCCUCAGUGCCUGCUGCUGCUGCUGUUGUUGCUGAAAAUAGAGACGCUGGUUCUGCUGCGCAAGAUGCAGUUGCUGCUGCUGGGAGAGCUGCUGCUGGGAGAGCUGCUGCUGGGAGAGCUGCUGCUGGGAAAUCUGCUGCUGCUGCUGCAGCUGAGACAGAUGCUGCUGCUGCUGCUGAGAGAGCUGCUCUUGCUGAGAGAACUGAUGCUGCAAACUGCUGCAAUGGGAAUGACGAUUCCUGCUUUUGCUGAGAUAGAGCCUGCUGCUGCUGCUGGGAAAGCACCUGCUGUUGUUGCUGCAGCUGCUGCUGGGAAAGAUUCUGCUGGUGCUGUUGCUGUUGCUGCUGAUGUUGCCGUGGAAUUGCCUGUUGGUGCUGGUGCUGGUGCUGCUGUGCAAACGCCUGAUGUUGCAUCUGCUGCUGCUGCUGCUGCUGCUGCUGCUGUUGCUGCUGUUGCUGCUGCUGUUGCUGCUGUUGCUGCUGUUGUUGCUGAGAUUCUUGUUGCUGUUGCUGUUGCUGCUGCUGCUGCUGCAGCUGUUGUUGUUGUUGUUGUUGUUGCUGCUGCUGUUGCUGUUGUUGCUGCUGCUGCUGCUGCUGCUGUUGCUGCUUCUGCUGCUGCUGCUCCUGCAACGUCAAAGUCUGAUUUUGGGCAGAUUGCUGCUUUUGCUGCUGCAGUUGUGCCUGCUGCUGCUGUGGCGGCAUUGGAUGCUGUUGAAAGGGUAGUGCAGCAUGCUGCAUGGGCACAGUGGUACCCUGUAGACUCGGGUUCUGGCGAUGUGGUGGUGGUUGCAGCUGCACAUGCAUUUGUGCCUGUUGUUGGACUGAUGGCAUUGUCUGCUGCUGUGAUGAAUAUGGAUGCUGCUGCCGCUGUUGCUGCAGAGAGACCUGUGGCUGAGGUUGCGAUUGAACACCAGGCAUCGGCUGACCUUGAGGCAUUAUCCCUGUGGGAGGUGCUGACUGCAACAAACAUCCAAUAAGAAUAUAGAGUCAGUCCCAGGCUUCCCUGCAUUACGGCCCCGGGACCGCUGACAGCAUUGAUAAUCUUCAUUUUUGAAAGGAUUGAUGCAUGAAGUAGAUGCCAGGAUGGGGAAUGAAAAAAAGAUACUGGG